ACUUUUUCUCACAAUGGCAGUUUCAAUUUAGAUACACACUAACCUUUGUGUUUAAAAAAAUUACAAGUUUGUCUCACUUUACACUUCUACUAGACUAAAUUAUUUCUUCACAAUGUAUGAUUAACUACAGAAAUAAGAGCAAUGGCCUGCGAUCAUAAUAAAAUUUGUCCACCCAUACAGCCAGAAGUAUCUUGUACCAAAUGUGACGAUGUAAAAAAAUCGAACCCAACUGCUGCCAAUAAGUGCCAGCCAUUUCUUACUAAUACAAUCGAACGCUAUGCGGAUCGUCAGGAGGAUCUCGACGAGCGACAUCGUCAACUCAAAGAUAAAAUCAGCACCAUGGAGAAACUACUACCCGCCCUGAUCGCGUGCGGCAUGUGUAAUAAGUCAUACGAUGAGAAGAAUCAGGCUUGUGAAUCAAGCAAUGCUGCUUUAAAUCAAGUGCGCGAGAUGAUGAGAAAAUUGUCACCGUUGCCUGAUCCCGCGGACGAGCUCGUUGCUGAACUUGCUACAUGUGUCAAGCAGCUGAAUCGAGAAACGGCCGAGUUGCACGACAAAAUAAUUAAUGCCGACAUCCAACUCGAAGAGAAUUGCAUGGAGUUGGAGUCUUUGGGUCAGGCUAAUCGAGAACUCGAGGAACAAAUCCGGCACCUGGAAGACCAGUUAAAUUCUCAGACUAGUUUACAGUCAAUCAGUUCGGAGGAUCGGAUCUGCCUGUCGAGAAUUCGAAAAUUGGCGAAAGAUGAGAUCAAAAUGAAGAGCAAUAUACGCGAGCUCGAGGAGAGAGAAAAAGUAUUAUGUUGUCAGAUAGAAAAAAUCUUUGGAUCGAGCGAUAAACCAUUAUGCGAAGCUGCUAGAGGUCAAAAACAUCAUGCACAUCGACCGAAAAGUCGGAAGAAAAAGCACUGCAAUACCUUGGAAACAUCAACGGAAUCGUUAUUUAAAAAAGAUAAGAAAUGUGAUAAGUCUAAAUGUGAUAUGCUUAACUCUAUCAUACCGGGAAAUAUUCCAGUGAUGUGUUGCUGUCUAAAAGAUAAAGUUGGAUGCAGCUAUAAUUUUGCUAGAACGUGUGAGCAUCUUUUGCAAAGAAAAAUUCAAAUGCCAAAAAAAUCAAUAUCUAGCAAAUUAUGCAACUGUAAUCUAUCUGCUAAAGAGAAACAACAGAAAAAAAAAUUAUGAACCAACAGAUAGUCCAUGGUGUACAUCGGAUGUUUCACAUUUAACUUCACAACGUAAUGCUUUGGUGAAAUUACAAAAACAAAGUCCGUGCAUGCAACAAAGUGUUGCAAAUUUUGAUGAAUUCGUAUUGCUACUUACGCACGAGUGAAUACGUGGACGAUUAGUUUACAAAAAUUAAAUAAUGCUCAAUAACAAGAACGCAAAAUCUAAGUUCGUAAAAAGUUUUUUGUACAACUGUAAUUAUAGAAUACCUAUAAGCGUUUGACAAAUCACAAGUAUCACCUACAACUUAUUAAUUAUGAAUUUUUAUAAUUAGUUUAACAUUGGAUACAUUUUGAUACACCAUUCUUUAUGUGCAUGUUAUGUAAGAUUUCAUUAUUCAAUUUAUAGAAUUCAAUUUUACAAAUUUAACACUGUUAUCAGAAUAAGGCAACAAUUUUUAUUUGUUAAAAGACAAGCAUUCACGAUGUAUUUCUGAAAGCUCUUCAUUUGUGACACAGCUGUUAAUUCUUCAGCUCCGUUUAAAAAUCUUCGUUGAAAGGAUGAUCUUUAUGCUCAGCGGCACUUUAAAAACAAAACCAAUUAAUAAAAAACGAUUACUUUGUUAGGGGCAA